CGUUGCCAUGGAGAUCCAGCGGCCAAAGCCCGCCCGUGGCAGCUCCCUGGGCCUGGUGGCCUCUUGCGGGAUUUGCGUAGGCGAUGUUGAGCAACACAGAGAUUUCGCGGAAGAGCGGCCUGGGCCGCUGCAGACCCUUCUUUUGGCUGGGCGUCGCCUUCGACGCGGUGGGUGUGGCAGUGCUGUUCACUGGCGUCUUCGCUGACUUGCUGUUCUACGACAUGCUGCUCUAUCUGGGUUCCAUCAUCAUUUUCGUCAGCCUCCUGUGGUGGAUCUUCUGGUACACCGGCAACAUCGAGGCUCUCCCGGACUUCGCGAGGAUGACUUUGCCUCGCGCCGGCGAGAUGGGGAUGCACCGCAGCGGCAGCCGUCGCUUCUCGUUGACCCUCAGGAGCGUCUCUAACACCUUCCAGCGCAUCCGCCGGCGCCGCCGCCGGCGGCGGCUCCUCCCGAGGGUCCUCCAGAGGAUCAGUAUCCCCAGCUCUUCCGAAAUAAGCCAGAUGGAAGGGGACAGCGAUGCCGGGACCAAAGGUGGCAGAACUUCGCUCCAUCUGGUGAAGCCUGUGUCUGUUCUGAACCAGCUACAGAUUUGCUCAAUGCAGACCUCUAAGAGCAUGCCUCUGGUCCCUUUGCAUUCUCCUCUCUCCAUUUGUACUUCUAGGAGUCAGCCUCUCUUUUCGGCGACUUCUCAGUGCUACCCUCUGGCGUUGGGCACUUCUGGCAGCAACUACCAGAUGGCUUUGUCCUCUGACAGCCCUGUGCCUCUGAACCAUGACCCUCAGGUGCACGCUAAAACCAGAGUGGCCACUCGGGUCUGCCCUCUGGAACCCGAAGAUAGUCAGAGCCACCUCCUGGUGCCUGUGCCCUCUGAAAGUUUCCCUGUGGUCCCCAUGACUUCUCAGAGCCAAAUGCAGGGUUCUGAGUCCUUUGAAAGCUAUAUGCCUGUGGACCCGGACCCCCAGAGGCACUCUAAGAUCAGUGUGGCCUCUCGGGUCUACCCUCUGGAUCGAGUAGACAGUCAGAGCCAACUCCUGGUGCCUGUGCCCUCUGAGGAUUUCCCUGUGGCACCGGUGACUUCUCAGAGCCAAAUGCAGGGCUCUGUGUCCUGUGACAGCCAUGUGCCUGUGGGCCCGGACCGCCAGAGGCGCUCUAAGAUCAGUGUGGCCUCUCGGGUCUACCCUCUAAAACGAGUAGACAGUCAGAGCCAACUCCUGGGGCCUGUGCCCUCUGAGGAUUUCUCUGUGGCACCGGUGAUUUCUCAGAGCCAAAUGCAGGGCUCUGUGUCCUGUGACAGCCAUGUGCCUGUGGGCCCGGACCCCCAGGGGCGCUCUAAGAUCAGUGUGGCCUCUCGGGUCUACCCUCUGGAACGAGUAGACAGCCAGAGCCAACUCCUGGUGCCUGUGCCCUCUGAGGAUUUCCCUGUGGCACCGGUGACUUCUCAGAGCCCAAUGCAGGGCUCUGUGUCCUCUGACAGCCAUGUGCCUGUGCACACAGACCCCCAGGGGCGCUCUAAGAUCAGUGUGGCCUCUCGGGUCUACCCUCUGGAACGAGUAGACAGCCAGAGCCAACUCCUGGUGCCUGUGCCCUCUGAGGAUUUCCCUGUGGCACCGGUGACUUCUCAGAGCCAAAUGGAGGGCUCUCUAGCUCAAGAGAGCCAGCUCCAGAAUCCUCCUGCCUCUCAAACACAACCUGAGUCUGAUAAAGCUUCAGAGAGCCAUACUUUGGCCAUGGAGGUUCCUGUGGUGCCACCUGGGUCUGCCGAGACCCAGGACUCCCAGGCCUCUUUAGCCCAGACUUCUCAAAGUCGCUCUUCAGGUCUCCACGAGGUUCCUAAAAUCUCGAGUGAGGAUGCUCUUGAGAGUCUCCCAGCUAGAACCUAGCUCAGGAGCAGCCUGACCCUUUCAUUGCCUAUGUCUGAGGCCACACAUCCAGACAGGCAGUGUGACCCUACUGGCAACCUUCCAGGGGAGUGAGGAAAAGUCACCCUUUCUAGUAGGAAUCACAUCACAACCAUUUAAAUGCCUUCUAAGGCCUUUGUUAAGAAAGUGCCUUGGAGGAAAAAUUACCAACAUUACCCUUUUAUUGUCAGUGUUCUAGUGGCUUUCUCAACUCCUGUAGGGGAACAAAGUGGCCUUGGCCUUCAGGGAUUAGCCACUUUGGGAGUUGGUAGGCUUUAGAAACUAGUUUUCUGAGCCCACAAAGCCUAAGGCUUUGACUACUUAUCAGACAAGGAAAUCUGUUCUUUUGUUUAAAGUUAGAGGAGGAGCCAGAGGAGUAGUUUUCCUUUGGAAGGCUCUUAACUGGAGUGAGGUGGAAGAUUUGGAUUCUGCAAGAUUUCUCCUGGAAGAAGACAACUUCAGUUUUUACAGCGACAUGGCAUUGAAUGACAUUAAAUCUUAAGUGGGGAGUUAUUCCUUUUCAAUACAUUUGAUUUGGUCAAAGAGGCUAUAUUUUGUUUGGAGAGAGUGCUCACCAAUACCCCUCUAAAGCUACAGUAGGCAAAAACUAUACCCAGCUGGGAUUUAAUAAUCUUCAUAAUUAUACACAUUUCAGUCAGUGACUUCUACUUAAUGCCAAGUGAUAGUAAUUUCCUGCUUCUAACAGUGAUAGUUGCUAUUUAAAUACAUUAUCUAAAUAAAACAUUUUACAAAAUGCAAAGUUAA